AGAGCGUCGCAAGUGUAAAAUGCCAAAAGCUGUUACAGAACAAAGAUUGAUGCUGCCAGUCAACAAACAAGCAACAAUAACAACAACAACAACAGCAACAACGAGAGGAACAGCAACAAUAACAAGUAGAAUACGAAACGACAACCGCCCUAGCAAACGAGCCGCAAUUGAGAUAUCACAGCUUCGAUUUGGCCGCUUAAUGCCGCUGAUUAAAACAUGAACGCACUCGAUAUGAAUAAACAAUUUUUGGAGCCACAAUGCAAUCGCACGCGCUCAGAGCGAGCCGCUAGCUUGGCGCUGCCCUUGAACUCGCUGCUGGAUUUUUACGACAAGCAGCAGGAGCAAUGCAAAUCGGUCACCUUGCUGCCACUGCCCAGCAACAAUAGUCAGGGCAAUAAUGCCAGCAGCAUUGUGAGACGACACUCCUCACACUAUUAUCCCAUGCUGGAGGACAAACAAAAGGUAAUGCAGCCGCAACAGCUGCCACCAACGGCUAAUGAACUGCUGGUAAACAUGGCGGAUGCGAAAUAUGGCAAGUCACUGCCUGUGAAGCCGCAGCAGCAGCUAAUGCGCGUGGAUACGCCUGUCACGCCCCCACCGCCGCCCAUACCCAGACGUCUGAUGCGCGGCAAUGCGAACAUGAGCGUCAGCUCGGUGUUUGUUUAUCCACAACCAGCAACAACAACAACAACAACAAAUGUGAACAGAGACUCAUCGCUGGAGUGCAAUGUGGGCAACGUGGCACAGACAGCGCUCUUGGUGGAUUUGGCAGCCAACGAUGCGGAUGGCAUAUCGGAUGAUGAUCGCAUGAGUCUGGAGAACUCGGUGUUCGACGAGUCCUUGACCUCCACGCCAGUGAAAGUGGCCAGAUUGGUGGCCAAGCGUGCGCAGCGCUCCUCCAGCAGCACUGUGGACUCUGCCUAUGGCUCAUCCGUGCAUAGCGAGCGCUUUGCCUCCAGCUCCACCAGCGUUGACUUUCGCAGUCGCUUCAGCUCCGUCGACACGCAAUCCUCGCUGGACGAGAAGCCGCUAGUGGACUCACCGCUCGCUGUUAUGCACAAGCUCAACAACCAGAACAACAACAACAACAUUCUGUAUGCCAACAGCAGCAGCAGCAACUACAACAACAACAACAAGUUGCCAGCGGUACCGGCGCGCAAGCUGCCGCCGCCGCCGCCCAAGUGCCACAGCUCGAACUCCAGCGAGAGCGGCGUUGGCAUUGGCAGCAGCAGCAGCGUCUCUGCCUCAGCCUCCACCUCGUCCGCCGGCAGUGGCUCCAGCAGCAUGUCCAGCACUUCCGUCUCGCUCAGCCUGGGCGGUCAGCAGCAGCGACGCGCGCCCGAAGCGCCGCCGCGUCAGCUCAGCUCCUUUGAGUGCCUCGAGCUGGAGCAGACGCCACGCGUGCACGCUCCACAACCGACGCCGCUCACUGUGCGCAACAAGCUGCAGCGCAACAAGCCGCCGCCCAUUGUCUACCCCAAGCUGCAGCAGCGCCAGGACUCGACGCUCUCCAGCGACAGCUACUCCAUCAGCUCCAGUCCCGGCUACAACUCCAAGCUCAUGGAGACGCCGCUGCUGGCGGCAGCGCAGUCGGCGCGCAAAACCAACGCGCCCGGCGUGGCCCACGGCCGUUUCGCUCCCACAACGCCGGCCCGCGGCAAACUGAACUUUCGCCAGGACUCGACUAUAUCCAGCGACAGCUUCAGCCUCACCUCCAGUCCCGGCUACAACACCAAGCUCAUGGAGGCGCCGCUCCUCCCAGCUCUGUCCGCCAAGCGCCUCUGCAGCGCGCCCGCGCCCAUCGUUUGCCGUCAGGGUCUGCCCGUUGAGCCCAUAGAGGAGCUGGAGCCGCCGCAGACAUUGCCGCCGCUCACCAAGAAUGCCACGCCCAGCAGCCUGCAGACGAUUGUGCGCUUCCAGAAUGGCACACCGCACACCAUGUCCUUGCAGCAUCAGAUAAUCAAUCGUCGCAAGAGCUCCAAUCCGUACAUCACCAAUGGCCGCCUAAAGUUUCGUCUGUUUCAAAUUCUGAUCAAUGCGUUUGCUCUGCUGGCCAUUGCCGGUGGCCUUGCCGCCUACUUUAAUGCGUAUCCGACCAUCAAGUUUGUCAACAAGACAAUUAUCAACACCAUACAUGUGGAGGAGCCCUCCAGCUUUGGCAAGAAUCCCGCGCCGGGCACCUGUCUGCCCAUCAUUGUCAAGUUCUGCCAGGGACCGCAGAUUCCCUACAACUAUACAGUGUUCCCCAACUACAUUGGACACUUUGGUCAGCUGGAAACGCAAGUGGAUUUGGACUCGUAUGAGGCUUUGGUGGAUGUCAGAUGCUAUGAACUCGUCUCGCUGUUUCUUUGCACGCUCUUUGUGCCCAAGUGCGGCAUGAAUGGCGCCACGGUGCCGCCUUGCAAAACGCUCUGCACGGAGACAAUGCGUCGUUGUGGCUUCUUCUUUGACGUGUUCGGGCUGAGCCUGCCGGAGUAUUUGAACUGCAAACUCUUCAAGGACUUCUCCAGCGCCGAGGACUGCGUGGGACUGGACGAAGUGCGCGAGGUAAUGAUUUCCUCAGCGGAUCCCAAGUGCGAUGGCUUUCAAUGCGACAAGAAUCGCUGCCUGCCCAAGGAGUACGUGUGCGAUGGACAUCUGGACUGUGCGGAUCAGUCGGAUGAAAGCGAAUGCGAGCGCUGCCAAGAGGGUCAGGUGUACUGCGGGGACGAACGCUGCGUCAGCAUCAAGCAGAUCUGCGAUGGCUACAUAGAUUGCCCCUAUGCGCAGGAUGAGCGCAAUUGCCUGCGUCUAAGCGAUCGCAAUGGCGAUGUGGGCAGCGGCGUGCUGGAGGUUUAUCGCAUGAGCCAGCGCCAGUGGAUACCGGCGUGCGUGAAGAACUGGGAUCGAGCUGUUUCGCCCAGUGCUGUCUGCUCCAUACUUGGCUACUCCGCUGUCAACGGCACGAGCGUCUUAACCCAGCGCACGCAUCGCUCGCUGAUGGCCUCGGUGAAUGUAUCGACCGAUAUAUGGAAGCUGUAUGCCAAGCGGCGCUCGACGCUGAUGCAGGAGUUUGGCAAUUGCCGGCAGACAGAGGAUUACCCCAUAGCAGAGCUGACCUGCAUCAAUUACGAGUGUGGCAAGGUGAAGCGUGGCCGGCACAAGCCCUCCAGACGCAUUAUAGGCGGCUCGCAGGCCAAGCCAGGCAACUGGCCCUUCUUGGCUGCCAUUUUGGGUGGACCCGAGAAGAUCUUCUAUUGCGCCGGCGUGCUCAUCUCGGAUCAGUGGGUGCUGACCGCCUCGCACUGCGUGGGCAAUCAUACGGUUAUAGAUCUGGAGGAUUGGACCAUUCAGUUGGGCGUAACGCGUCGCAAUUCGUUUACUUACACGGGUCAGAAGGUCAAGGUGAAGACAGUCAUACCGCAUCCGCAGUACAACAUGGCCAUAGCCCAUGACAAUGACAUUGCGCUCUUCCAGCUGGCCACGCGCGUUACUUUCCAUGAGCAUCUGCUGCCUGUUUGUCUGCCGCCGCCCAGCGUCAAGAAUCUGCGUCCGGAGCAGCUCUGCACUGUCAUAGGUUGGGGCAAGCGCGAGGAUAAGGAUCCCAAGUCCACCUAUGAGCAUAUAGUGAACGAGGUGCAGGUGCCCAUCAUAACUCGCAGCCAGUGCGAUGAAUGGCUGGACAAUCUUACCGUAUCCGAGGGAAUGGUGUGCGCGGGCUACGAUGACGGCGGCAAGGAUGCGUGUCAGGGCGACUCGGGUGGACCGCUGCUGUGUCCGUAUCCGGGCGAAAAGGAUCGUUGGUUUGUGGGCGGCAUUGUGUCCUGGGGCAUUAUGUGUGCGCAUCCCAAGCUGCCCGGCGUCUAUGCAAACGUCAUCAAGUACGUGCCCUGGAUACACGAGCAGAUACAGAAGCAUACGCGUCCGGCCAGCGAGGAGCCGCUGCAAAAGUACGACAUGCAUCCUGGCGGACCGGAUAUACUCUCGAAGCAUGCAGCACCGCCCAUGCGUAAACGCAAACCCUUCAAUUACCACAAUGGCAAGCCCAUGGGCAUUGACUUCUACGACAGCGAGGAGCGCAAGUAGAUGGCCCCUCCCCGAUUCCUCCAAUCAGUUGAGAAUUAAACCGCAUAUCCUGAAAACAAUUUGCACAAAGUACAAAGUAUUUGUACAACAGAGCAGUCAGUAUAUCGACAUAUAUAUAGUGAAUGAUAUCUGGGCAACAUAAUCAUGUGUCAAUUUGCCGAAUUUAUUUGUCAAUUUUUUUACC